UACUUCCGCAUUGUCACAGCUUCAUGCCAGACGUCCAGGACUGCACUGUCUUUUCACAAAAUGACUAAACAAAAAGACAAGAGACGAGAGAAAAUCAGCGUCGCCACUGAGAUUGACCGUUUGGAAGAGCGGCGGGCGCGUUGCCAGGACAACCUGGAGAGGGCGGAGUUCAGAAGCAGGAAGGAGAAGAUGUCAGAGAAGCAGAGGCAAGAGCUGGAAGAUGAGAUGACGAUCAUGAACGAGAGGGUGCUAAAGCUGGACAAGGAGCUAGAGACGUUAAGAGGUGAGAACCGGAGGAACAUGGUGCUGUCGGUGGCCCUGCUCGCUGUCAGCGCUCUCAUCUACUACGUUUUUUUCUACAACGAAGAAGAGUCGUGAGGCCAACCAGGAGCUGACCGCACGGCGUCAGAAGAGCUCCAGGACAGGGGUAUCAUAAGAUCAUAUGUAAACACCUGAUGGCCCGAUUAAACUCAUGAAAAAGAUCUGAAGAGCUGUGUUGAGAAAAAUACCUCAGUAGUGCCGCCAGAUGGCGUCGUUGUUAUUUCAGCAUCUCUUCUGUCCAUUAAGUCUGAGUUUUAUCCUGCAAAACGCACAACUUCAUAACUAUAUUUUUAAACUUGAUGUUGUCAUUCCUGCGUCUGUAGAUGCAGUCUGUACACUAUAAGGAAAAAUAUUAUGCAGAUUUCAAAGCAAGCGCUUCUACGUGAGUUUAUGUAGACUGAUUAAGAUAUAGAAGAGUAUGGUUAUAACACUGCAGCGUGCUCAAGGAGGGGCAUCUGCAAGUUAAAUAUUUUCUCAGCUUGUAUAGAGGUGCAACUCUUACUUUCAUUACUGUACAAAGACAAUAAUAAUAUUGUUAUUGCAGAUUAACCUGCAACAUGUGUCACCUAAAUAACCGUUUGAAUAUAAAGUUUGCCUUAUGCUGCAAAUAAACCAAUAUGUAACGGCUCAAAGAGAUGCUUCGUCAAAUGGUGCAAUAAUGCAUGUUAUUUGUGCAGUUAUAUGGAUGAAAUAUGAAUGAAUAUUUGAUGCAUUUGUUUUUGUUUUUUUGUUUUUAAGUUCAAGGUGUUUUGUCUCUGCAGCAAAGACACUAUGAAGACUUUUUUCUUCCUAUUCUCGAUUUUGUCACGUGAGCUCAAACAUGCCAAACAUGUUCGUUCAUUUCUUGAAGGGAUUUCACUUUUGUUCUUGCAACGGACCUAUUGUACUUUUCAUGAAUGUAUUAAACGCUUUGUAUCCAUUUUAAAA